AAUCCUUCUUCAAGUCUUCAUCAACUUGCUGUUGCCUCAUUAGUCUACUGUCCACCAGAACCGCAACAAUGGCCAAUUUUCUUGCCUCAAUCUUCGGUACAGAGCUUGACAAGGUCAACUGCUCUUUCUACUUCAAAAUCGGUGCUUGUCGUCAUGGCGAUCGCUGCUCGCGAAAACACGUCAAGCCUUCCUACAGUCAGACGAUCCUGAUGCCCAACCUCUAUCAGAAUCCGGCGUACGAUCCCAAAAACCGAAUGAAUCCUUCUCAACUACAGAAUCACUUCGACGCCUUCUACGAGGAUAUCUGGUGUGAGCUUUGCAAAUACGGCGAACUGGAGGAGCUUGUUGUUUGUGACAACAACAAUGAUCACUUGAUCGGCAACGUCUACGCCCGCUUCAAGUACGAAGAGUCAGCCCAGAAGGCUUGCGAUGAGCUUAACAGUCGAUGGUAUGCUGCGCGCCCGAUAUACUGCGAAUUAAGUCCUGUUACCGACUUCCGCGAGGCUUGUUGCCGACUUAACUCUGGAGAAGGUUGUGUUCGAGGAGGCUUCUGCAACUUCAUCCACCGAAAGAACCCUAGCGAAGAACUCGAUCGCGAUCUGACUCUAAGCACAAAGAAGUGGCUAAAGGAGCGUGGUCGCGAUGAGAAGAGCGCGUCUCGCUCACCUACACCUGAACCCACAAGACGUCGCUACUAGCGGCUUGUAUACUGGUACUGAGUGGUGAAGGGCCUUCGAUGGGAAGAAAUGCAAUACGGAUGGCACGGUCACGGCGUUAUAGGGGCUGGGGUUUUGUUCUAAUAGUUUUUAUGGAAGGAUUCUUGGGCGAUUCAACCAUUAUGGAUACCCCUCCUUUCAUCAAAUAUAUCUCAAAAAGAAUAUUGCAGUAGUCACCUGGCGGAGG